GCGACGACGCUCGGAAAGGAGGGCGGCGCCGCGGAGGCGCGAAAGAUGUUGGAUGAAAUGUUGGAGGAAAAUAAAGGCGAGGCGAGGUUGCGAAAAAUGCGCGUGGCGUGCGCGAAGAGCGAGGGCGACGUCCCGGGCGCCGUCGCGGCGUUGACGGAGUAUCUGGAAGACUUUGGCGCGGACGACGAGGCGUGGCUGGAGCUUGGGAAGCUGUACGCCGAGCGGUGUGAGUACGAGAAGGCGUUGUUUUGUUACGAAGAAGUGCUGUGCGCGAGACCGUUCGAUCCCAACUCGCACAGGCGAAUGGGUGAGGUGCUCUACACCAUGGGCGGCGAGGAAAACAUUCGCGACGCGAAGCAUCACUUCGCCGCGGCGAUUGAUUUCACCAAUGGCAAAGAUAUUCGCGCGCUUUACGCCGUCAUUUUAUGUGUGAAGAAGUUACGCAUCAUGUCGUCGAAGAGGGGGGAAGAGUUUAAAGAUAACGGCGCGUUGGAGCUCGCGGACGCGGCGACGGAGCGGUUACUCCAACGCUACGCCUCGGACAACGAGACGCUACUCUCC